CUCAUUACUUAGUCACUAGCGCCUACGAAAAAGACCCUUGCGCGUUGGACGUCAUGAAGCGGCUGUGCAAGCCCUCAUCACCUACAAAAUAUUGCGCCGCCGCCGAGACCUGUGCCUGCAAACAUCGCGCACUUCCCCUCCUGCUUCCCCCGUUCUCCACAUCAACCACCGCACAACUUCCAUAAGAUGGUCAAAGAAACAGAAUACUACGAUUCCCUGGGAGUCAAGCCUGGAGCCACCGAGCUCGAGAUCAAGAAGGCUUAUCGUAAGCUCGCUAUCCAGCACCAUCCCGAUAAGAAUCCGGGCGACGAGAGUGCACAUGCCAAAUUCCAGUCGAUUAGUGAAGCCUACCAAGUACUCAGCAACGAAGACCUGCGCAAGCAGUAUGAUCUGUAUGGCAAGGCCCGGGCCGUCCCGGACUCUGGCUUCGAGGACCCCUCGGAGUUUUUCGGCAUGAUUUUCGGCGGAGAGGCGUUUGUCGACCUGAUCGGAGAAAUCUCUCUGAUGAAGGACCUCACGAAAACGAUGGAAAUCAUGAAGGAGGUCGAGGAAGAGGAGGAAGCCGCCGAGAAGGAAGCCGACAGCCCACAGAUCCACGGUACCGCUGAUGGGAAAGCACCGGUAGCGGGCGAGGGAGCGGGAACGCCCGCUGCGCCUGGCGCGACCGCCGCCUCCGCCCCCGCCGCCGCCCCCGAGAUGCCGCCUAGACCGCAAUCCGCGACAACAUCAGCCGCUGCCUCCGCUGCUCCGUUAAACACCCCAUCCCGCUCUGAGUCUUCUACGCCUCACCCUAGACCCCCAGCAAAUCAGUUUUUGUUGACCGACAGAUCGGACGAGGACGUACGACAGGAGGCCGAGAUGACGGAGCGGGAGAGGGAGCUGAAAGGGAAGGAAAAGAGGAAGGGCGGACUGAGUAAGGAACAGCGUGACGAGUUGGCCGCCUACGAGGCAGAGCGUAAGAAGGUCCGCCAGGAUCGUGUGGACACCUUGACCAGAAAGCUUGUUGACCGCAUCUCCGUCUGGACUGAAACCGACAAGGGCAAGGAGACAACCUAUGCUUUUAACGAGAAGACGAGGUAUGAGGUUGAGAACCUCAAGAUGGAGAGCUUUGGCCUCGACAUCCUUCAUGCUAUUGGUAGUGUCUAUAUCAUGAAGGGCGCUUCGUUCAUCAAGUCCCAGAAGUUCUUGGGUAUCGGCGGUUUCUUUAGCCGGCUGAAGGACAAGGGUACUCUGGUGAAGGAGACGUGGGGCACCAUCUCAACUGCCAUAGAUGCUCAGAUGACUAUGGAAGAAAUGGCCAAACUCGAGGAGAAGGGUGGCGACGAAUGGACCGACGAGAAGAAGGCCGAGUACGAGCGCAAAGUGACUGGAAAGAUUCUCGCUGCCGCAUGGAGAGGGAGCAAGUUCGAGAUACAGAGUGUCCUACGGGAUGUGUGCGAUCGGGUCCUCUACGACAAGACUGUCCCGCUGCCCAAACGAGUGGAGAGAGCGCACGCCUUGAUAAUGGUCGGCACUAUAUUCAAGAAUGCCGAGCGCGAUCCAGACGACGAGUUCGCGGAGGGAGCCUUCGAGCAGUUGGUUGCUGAGGCCGCCAGAAAAGACGAUAAGAAGGACCACAAGAAGGAAGCGAAGAAGGAGCACAAGAAAAAGGGCAAGGACGACGAAUCUUGGGAGGAAGUAAAGAUGCCUACUGGUAGUCGUGCGUAGAAUCCGGAUGCAUGUGACAUGUGUGCCUACGGGUAGAGUUUUUUCUGUUGCGAUUCGUUGUGGCUUUUUUUUUCCUAUUUUAAUACUCCUUACCUUUUACCGUGCCGUUUGGUGUCAUUUGUGUUGAAGGUCACCCUACUCCGGCGGGGAGGGGGAAUAUGGGUCGGUUUUCUUGCUUUCUUUCUUUUUCGUCCUGUAUGCAGUGGCUCUUUUGCUUUUGCUGAGCAUGUAUGUCUCCCUUGGUCGAUUCGAUAGAACUGAGUGUUUUUUUUUGCGAGUUCACCGUGCAUGUACUGUAUACGUUCCAUCAGCAGAUGGGGUUUUGCCGGAAGCAAGCAAUCAGACGGUGAACAUGGAAUACCCAGGUACGGAGUGUGGAACAUCAUAGCAUGGGCGAGCGUGAAUGGUGAGAGAGAGCCACGAAGAGUGUGAGCCUCGCUUGGCGUA